AUGACCAAGUUAGAGGAAAUGUUGCGUGUAUUUGAAAAACGAAAUUUUGCGGGUAAAAACGGGAUUUACAAUAUCAGGUAUCAUCAGCUACACGGUCCCACAUUUCCCUGGUUUUUGGGUGUAUAUAGGUUUGGGGUGGGUGUACGGAGGUUUACCCUUUUAGAACGAGGAGAGACAAAUGAAACCAACACCGAGCCAGUGGCUUGA